AUGAGCAGUUCCCCAUUCACCUUCAAACUCCCACUCCUCCCCCUCCUCCUCCUCCUCCUCCUCCUCCUUUUCCCCUCUCCCCACACCACAGUUGUCGCAGACACUGCCAAAGCACAACUAACCUUCGCAGACCAGCGGAUCGCCAUGGUUUACCCCGUCAUUCAAAAAUUCAAAACCACCAUCACCUCCGACCCUCUCAACGUCACCCAAACCUGGGUCGGCCCCAACGUCUGCACCUACAAAGGCUUCUACUGCGACAACCCGCCGGACAACCGCUCCGCCACUGCCCUCGCCUCCGUCGACUUCAAUGGCUUCCGCCUCGAGGCCCCCACCCUCUCCGGCUUCCUCGACGGCCUCCCCGACAUCGCCCUCUUCCACGCCAACUCCAACGGCUUCGCCGGCACCGUCUCCCCGGCCGUCUCCCAUCUCCCCUACCUUUAUGAGCUCGACCUCAGCAACAACAAGCUGUCUGGGCAGUUCCCGGCCGCCGUUGUGGGCAUGACUGGUCUAUCCUUCCUCGACAUCCGGUUCAACCUCUUCGCCGGACCGGUACCGCCAGAAAUAUUCACCCAGAACGAUCUCAACUUCCUCUUCAUCAACAACAACGAGUUCACGCAGAACCUCCCCGACGAUCUGGGUAGCUCUCAUUUCAUCUACGUGGCCCUGGCGAACAACAAGUUCUCGGGCCCCAUCCCAAGAACCAUCUCCGAGGCAUUGUCUACGGUGACGGAGAUUUUGCUGUUGAACAAUUCAUUGAGCGGGUGCCUUCCGUACGAGAUAGGGCUGCUGAAGGAGGCCACGGUGUUGGACGCCGGCAACAACCGGUUAACGGGUCCGUUGCCGUUCUCGCUAGGUUGCUUGGAGAAGGCGGAGCAGCUGAACUUCGCCGGGAACCUGCUGUACGGGGCGGUGCCGGAGCUGUUGUGUGCGCUUGGGAGUCUGGUUAACUUGUCGCUGUCGGAUAAUUACUUUACGCAGGUUGGGCCGGUGUGUAGGGUGUUGGCUUUGAGAGGUGGGCUUGAUAUUAGGAAGAACUGCGUCCCUGAUUUGGGACUGGGAGAGCAGAGAUCGGCGGCAGAGUGUGCAGCUUUCUUUGCAUUCCCAAGGUUUUGCCCGCACACGGAGUGGUAUACUUAUUAUCCUUGCAAGCUUCCUCCUUUUCAUUAA